AUGGGCAGAUACCACAACUCUGACUACCACAACAACUACUCCAACUACUCCAACUACCACUACCACAACCCAACUACUCCAACUACUUCUACAACAAGCCCAACUACCACUACCACAUCUCCAGCUACCACAACAGCUACUCCAGCUUCCACAACAACAACUCCAACUACCACAACGACAACUACAACAACCACAACACCUACCACUACCACUACUCCAACGACCACUACCACUACAACAACUCCAAUGACCUCAACAACUACUCCAACUACCUCUACCACAACCCCAACUUCCACUACAACAACUCCAACAACCACAACAACUACUCCAACUACCACAACCCACACUACCACUACAACUCCAAUGACCACAACAACUACUUCAACUACCGCAACCCCAACAACGACUCCAACGACCACAACAACUACUCCAACUACCACUACCACAAGCCCAACUACCAUUACCACAUUUCCAACGACUACAACCACUACUCCAACUACAACUGCCACACCUUCUACUACCACAACUACUCCAAAUACUUCUACCACAACCCCAACUACCAUAACCACAACUCCAGCUACCAAACCAACUACUCCAACUACCACAACCCCAACAACCACUACAACAACACCAAUGACCACAACAACUAGUCCAACUACCACUACCACAACCCCAACUACCACAACAACAACUCCAAUGACCACAACAACUAGUCAAAUUACCAUUAGAACAACCCCAACAACCACUACAACAACUCCAACAACCACAACAACUACUCCAACUACUUCUACCACAACCCCAACUACCACUUCCACAACCCCAUCUACCACAACCCCAACUACCACUACAACAGCUCCAACAACCACAACCACUACAACAACUCCAACUACCACAACAACUACAACGACCACAACACCUACCACUACCACUACAACAACUCCAACUACUUCUACCACAACUCCAACUACCACAACUCCAGCUACCACAAUAACUACCACAACUCCAACUACCACAACAACUACUCCAACUACCACUACCACAACCCCGACUACCACUACAACAACUCCAAUGACCACAACAACUAGUUCAACUUCCACUAUCACAACCCCAACAACCACUACAACAACUCCAACGACCACAACAACUACUCCAACUACUUCUACCACAACCCCAACUACCACAACUCCAGCUACCACAACAACUACUCCAACUUCAACUACAACAACUCCAACUUCCACAACCACUACUCCAACUACCACUACCACAACCCCAACAACCACUACAACAACUCCAACGACCACAACAACUACUCCGACUACUUCUACUUCUAUCACAACCCCAACUCCCACUACCACAACUCCAGCUACCACAACAACUAUUCCAACUUCCACUACAACAACUCCAACUACCACAACAACAACCCCAACUACCACAACAACUAGUCCAACUACCACUACCACAACC